AUGUUUGAAAGUGAUAAUGAAUUGUUAACAUCGACACCAAUUCACCGAAGAAUAUUGGAUUUUGAUGAAGUUUCAAUAAAGCUUUUACCACCAAGAAGAAAUUUAAUAGUUUCAUUUAGUGAAUGGGAUGAUAAUAUUCCACUCGAAGCACUAAAAGAACGAUUGCUGAAAAAAUCAUCGCAGAAUUCGCAAGAGAAUUUGUCACAAAAAAUUAGGAUGUUGUCAUCAAACACCAAUAGUCAAACUGCCGUAGAAAAACGUAGGAAGCUUUCUUCAAACGCAGAUAUUCUGGUUACUCCAGAAAAACUUUUGGAGCCAAAUAAUCAAGAAAAGUUAUCACAAAAUUUUAAGACGCCUUCGACAAAUAAAAAUGUAUUCACGAGUCAAGAUAAUUCUUCGAAGAAGUUGAAAACAUCUUUAUCGAAAACGCCCAACAACAACAAUGUACAAAUUACACCAUCAUCGAACAAGGCAGCAUCAGAUGGAGUUUCACCAAGUCCAAAUUCUAAGUUUGUUUGCAGAAAAUGCAACUGGGUUGCUUCAGAUUUUAGUCAAUUUGCCAUUCAUCUUCAAAAAACGUGUGGAUGUGAAAUUUUGAUGAGAUGUACUAUGUGUGAUCACAAAUUUAAAGAUAUUAAAACAGACGAAAUCAGCGAGCAUUUCUUGAUAGUUCAUAAUAUCAGUAUCAACUCAAAUAAUACCAAGAACAACUAG